AUGGUCAAGAUCGCUCCCCUCUUCGUGGCUGUCGCCCUCUUCGCCGGUGUCGCCCUCUCGGCCCCCGCUCCCCAGACUGGUGUCUCCGGCCAGGCUACCCCCACGGGCGCUCACCCUCCCGUUGGCGCCCCCAUCGUUGUCGGCUCGGGCAACAAAGACAACAAGGACAACGGCAACGACAACGGCAUCCUUAACGGCAACAGCAACAACGGUAUCGGCAACGGCAACGGUUCCGGCAACAAGGGCAACAACGGCAACGGCCUCGGCAACCAGAACGGCCUUGGUGACGGUGAUGCCAACGGCAGCGCCGACGGCAACGGCAGUGCCAACAAGGGUAACAAGGGCAACGGAGACGGCAACGGCAACGGCAGCGCCAACAAGGGCAACAAGGGCAACGGAGAUGGCAACUUCAAGAAGUUCUGA